UUCGUUAUAUAUAUGACUGCUUAGCCCGGUGUCGCAUUAUUUGGUACGUCGAGUCAUCAAUAUCGAGCUGUGUACAUUCCAAAUAACUUAAAGUUAAUAACUCAUUUCCAUUAAAUCGAAAUCCCGUUUUUAACCGAACAAAUAUCACCAUUCUACUUGAAAGUGUGGUCUCUGAGGCAAAUAACAAUUCCAGUGUAUUCCGAGGAAGCAAAAUGGCCGCGGCCGACUCAUCAGCGGACGACAGUCUUUAUCCAAUUGCAGUUUUAAUCGAUGAAUUGAAGAAUGAAGACGUUCAGCUACGACUAAAUUCAAUCAAGAAGCUGUCUACAAUUGCCUUGGCUCUGGGGGCUGAUCGGACCAGGAGUGAGCUGAUGCCCUUUCUCACAGAGACGAUUUAUGACGAAGAUGAGGUUCUCUUGGCACUUGCUGAGCAAUUGGGCUCAUUUACGCCUCUGGUCGGAGGUCCUGAGCAUGUUCACUGUCUUCUACCACCUCUUGAGACUCUGGCAGCAGUCGAGGAAACUGUCGUGAGAGACAAAGCUGUGGAGUCCUUGAGGAAUAUCGCUGGACAACACAAUCCUUCAUAUUUGGAGGAGCAUUUCGUACCUUUGGUACAGAGAUUGGCUGCUGGGGACUGGUUCACAUCAAGAACUUCGGCCUGUGGAUUGAUCAGCGUCUGUUAUCCCCGGGUCAGUCCAGCGACGAAAGCAGAACUACGAAACCAUUUUCGAAAUCUCUGUCAAGAUGACACUCCCAUGGUUAGAAGAUCCGCUGCUUCUAAGCUGGGGGAAUUUGCCAAGGUCGUGGAGAUCGAAUAUUUAAAAUCGGAUUUGAUACCCAUGUUUGUUAUCCUGGCGCAAGACGAACAGGAUUCUGUUCGGCUAUUGGCAGUUGAUGCUUGUGUCAGCAUUGCUACUCUACUCCAGCAGGAAGACGUCGAACAACUUGUGAUGCCCACUUUACGCCAGUGCGCCGCAGAUCAGUCCUGGAGAGUUCGGUAUAUGGUUGCUGACAAAUUCACAGAUCUACAGAAAGCCGUAGGUCCAGAAAUAACGAAGACGGAUCUUGUUCCGGCGUUCCAAGUGCUUUUGAAAGAUACGGAAGCCGAAGUGAGGGCCGCUGCAGCUGAUAAAGUUCGUGACUUUUGCCAAAAUUUGGACCAGUUUAGUCAAGAGAAUAUUAUCAUGACUAAUAUACUGCCAUACGUCAAGGAACUCGUUGCUGACCCCAAUCAACAUGUCAAAUCUGCAUUGGCCAGUGUCAUCAUGGGAUUGAGCCCAAUUCUUGGAAAGCACAACACAAUUGAACACCUGUUGCCACUAUUUCUUCUGCAACUUAAAGACGAGUGUCCAGAAGUUCGUUUAAACAUCAUCAGUAAUUUGGAUUGUGUAAAUGAAGUUAUUGGUAUUCAACAACUUUCACAAUCACUUUUACCUGCAAUUGUGGAGCUGGCUGAGGAUUCAAAGUGGCGAGUACGAUUAGCAAUCAUUGAAUACAUGCCUCUAUUAGCAGGUCAACUUGGUGUAGAAUUCUUCGAUGAAAAACUUAAUUCUCUCUCAAUGAACUGGUUAGUGGAUCACGUUUACGCAAUACGAGAAGCCGCCACUUUAAAUUUGAAGAAGUUAGUUGAAAAAUUCGGACCGGAGUGGGCACAGAACACCAUAAUCCCAAAAGUUCUCAACAUGUCCAGGGAUCAAAAUUAUCUUCACAGGAUGACUUGUUUAUUCUGUAUCAACGUCCUAGCCGAGGUUUGUGGGCCUGAAAUAACAACAAAAGUAAUGCUUCCCACUGUUCUUGCAAUGGCAAAUGACAAUGUGGCUAACGUAAGGUUUAACGUCGCUAAAACUCUUCAGCGUAUUGGACCUUAUCUGGAACCAAGCUCAGUGCAAACACAAGUAAAACCCGUACUCGAUAAAUUAAAUACUGACGCUGACGUUGAUGUUAAGUAUUUCGCUUCCGAGGCUAUUGCCGGAAUUGCAGGUUAAUGGUGUUUCCGAUGGCAUUUAUUCCCGAAUGAUGAAAUGAUAUAUCGUAAAAAUAAAACGAAGAGAAAAAACACGAAAUGUUAAAUGUGAAGAAAACACUAAAAAUCAGAGAAGAAUUUGAUCACGAGGCAAAUGCAUUACAGUUAAUAACGGUUGGUCUUUUCACGAUAUCCACUUGGCAAAAGUUAAAAAUAAGCACUUGAAAAAUUACUUUUGACAAACUAUCAAAAAUAAGGAAUAAUUAAUAAAAAAAUACAUGACUAACAUAAAGUGCCCACAAUGAAAAAAAGAGUAGUCAUUUAGGAUUAGUCGUUUGCGUUAACCAAUAUUUCAAAAGAAAGAAGAAAGGACAAAAAAUUACUUUGUUAUAAUCUGUAUAUCUCUAACAUUAUACCAAGUAUUGAUUUUAGUGAUGUUCAGCGAAGAUCCUAUAUCUUCGUAUAAUAAUUAGCCGUCUCUAAUCGUUAAGGGAUUUAUUACGAGAAUGGCCUGCGAUCAUUCCCCAUCAUCUUGCUUGACUUGUAACGAAAAAAAGUUUGGAUGUUAACAUUAACAAAAUUGGUAAUUGUCAAAUUUUUCUGUAAAAAAAAAUAAAUAAAAUUUCUUCUUUGCGUAAAA